AUGUCGUUCAUUAGCAGUAGCACUCAUGCACGUAGAGUGGGCAUUAUUUCUUCAACUACGAUCGCCGCUAUUGGCUUAGCUUUUAUAUUUUGGAAAGUAUACAAUCGUCGAACACAAGCCAAUCGUCAAAGUCGAACACAAAAUCGACCACCACUAGUCAAAACAGCUUCGGUUGAUGAAUGGGAAAAUGCUGUAGAUACACCAACAAGAGAAAGUUUGCCAACACCUCACCAACUUUAUAAAUAUGGCCUUGAACAUCUUAACAUUUCCAUUGAUUAUUGCCAACGUGCUUUAUCAAUCAUUGAUGUUAGUUUAACGAAUUCUUCGACAUUAACUGAUCAACCCGAUAUAAUUCAAUCCGAUGAAGCAAUAAAUUCUAAUCGUUUGAUUGAAUUAAAACAAAAGAUACAAUUUUUGUUAAAUAAAAUUGAUGUUGAUUCAAACGCAAAUGAAUUAGCAUUAAUAUUCGAGCAAGAACAACAAUUAAAAUCAGUAUCUGAAUCUUUACCAGUAACAACUAUUGCAAAAGAUAAUAAUGCAAUAGCAUUCAAGCGAGCUGAAUCAAAUCGUAUUCAACAAGAAUUACAAACAGUAUUAAGUGUUCAAUCAGAUCUAAGUACAUUUAAUGAUCGCCGUUCACUUCGAUCAAUACGCUCGUCAGAUAGUUUUGAAAGUGCUCCAGAUGAAGCCGAAUGGCUUGAUACAUGUGAUCUAAUAUUUGAUCCAUUAUCACCCUAUUAUUCGUUACCACCUUAUUAUGUGUAUGGACUUCGUUUAGCAGAAAAAAAUCAAGUUCAAUAUAAAAAACUACGAACUAAAUUACUUCGUUGUUCAUCUGAUACAGAUUAUUUAGCAAAAUUAUCAUGCAUAAGAAAUGCUUGUGAUGAAGUAUUGGGAAAGGAAGAGAAAAAAGAAUAUCUAAAACGAGUAUCCAGUGCUAUUUGUGAACGUGUUCUUGAAAAAGCGUCGAAAGAUAAAACACGCUUUUUACGAGCGUUUGAUCAAAUGAACGCUCUGCUCGCUGAUGAACAUAAUUGGUCAAUGAUAAGUGAAGAACUUGCAACAGCAGGAAUUAAAUCUCCAACAGUUUAUAAUGUUGGAAUUGAUUUUAUGUUAUUAGAAGGUUUUGAGAUUUUAGAUUCUCCACCGUCAGCAAUGCGUGCAAUAUUACAAAAUCGCUGGUUUUCUGAAACAUUUCGUGAACAAGCAUUAAAUAAAGCUGUUUCGUGCGCUCUUAAAGUUCGUCGAGCAACUGCUAAAUAUCAAGAUGGAUUUCUAACAACGUUUUUAACAUUAAUCGAAGAUAUGGCACCCAUUUUUGCUUGGGGAGUUCUUGGACCUGAUUGUGCAGUUAAACCAAUGUGCAUAUUUUUGAAAAACGCAGUAUUAGAUUUUGCACGUUCACUGUAUGAUCUUCAACAAACUGACUAUUCAUCAUUGCCUGCAUUAACAAGUGAUAUCGAUCGACAAAUAAAUAAUCUAUUGUAUACUAUUGUUAAAGAAAUGAAUAUUGAUCCUAGUAUAUUGUUGAACCAUCAGUUAGUACCAUCGACUGUUCAUUUUCAUUAA